UCUGGAGGGGUAGGCCAUGAGUGUACAAGCCUUUCACACACACUGCCAGGUGUAGAGAAAAAUAUGGGAUGUCCUAACUUGCAGUCUGUUUGAAAGUCAGAGCUGGCAGCUUCUUCUGCUGAGGAGCAUCACUGUAUCUGCUGGAAACUGGGAUGAAGAUUUAGGGAACAUCAUUAAAUAUCCUGCUGAACAUUUAUAAAAAAAUAAAUAAUCAAAUAAAACUUGGAAAUUCUAAAGGAUGUUUUUCUACUAAAAUGGCGGGACUAAUUUGAUUUACAGCACUCCGCGGAAGUUCUUGAGUCUGUUCUGAACUAUCUAGAGACUCGGCGCAGCAUCUGCACUGCUCUUACACCACAAGGAGGGAUAUUUUGGGAAGGUUCCUGUUCUUACCGAUGCGGGACAGUUUAGACUUCUACCGCCAGGCGAACGCUGCGGGUGCGUCUCCUCCUCUCGCGCUCCGAGCCCGUUUCAUCUUUAACCCCGGGAUGGAAGCAAAAGCCAGCGACGGGUUUGAUCUCGUGGACUCGACGGUGAACAUAGAGAGUGAUUUGAUGGAUCAGUACCCUGAGGUGAGCUUCCACGAGACCGCGAGCUCUGUGCGUAAUUUUGGACACGGCGGCGCGUCUCUGGCGGAGGAUCCCGACAGCGAGUUCGCGUCGGUGGAGAAAGACCUGCUGAAACUGGAGCCCGGAGCCUGGAGCGAGAUAGCGGAGAACCUCCUCCACCUGCACCGGGACCCGCAGGAUUGCGGCGCGGACGGGUCGGUACCGGUACCAGCGGCACCGGGCAUGUGUAAGCUCAUCAAAGACGAGCGCGAGCCCGCGCUGAUCAUGGAUCCCGCCCGGUGCGCUGCGAGCUUUGAGCCGGUUGGAGGGGAGUCCGGCACCAGCCUCCUGCUGGACCUAGCCCGGUCCAGCCCCCCGUCUCCCUUCCAGCACCUGAGGAGCGCAGGUGAGGCGCUCGUGCCCGCCGCCAAAUCUGUGCUGAACCUGGAGGCGGUGAGCGCGCCCUCCCCGCAGCACAUGCUGAUGUGUAAGAGCGAGGUGAACAGAUGGCACCUGACCCCAUCACCCGCCGAGUUCUGGUGCCCGCCGGCCGGACUUACCGAGGAGCCGCAGGGCGCGUACCCGGGCUUGGACGGGACCCACGGCGCGGGGUUCGGACAGCUGUCCGCCGCUUUCGGCGCCUUCGCGAGUGUACCGCCCCAGAGAAUGUGUGUGAUCUGCGGAGACGAGGCUUCAGGAUGUCAUUAUGGAGUUCUGACCUGCGGAAGCUGCAAGGUGUUCUUCAAGAGAGCUGUGGAAGGACAUCACAAGUACCUGUGUGCUGGGAGAAACGACUGCAUCGUGGAUAAAAUCAGGAGGAAAAACUGCCCGGCUUGUCGGCUCAGGAAAUGCUACCAGGCAGGGAUGAUGCUGGGAGGACGUAAACUGAAGCGGUUUGGAGUUUUAAAGGCCAUGGGUCUCAACCCGUCACUGAUGUUCCAGAACCCUCUGACCCUGCCGGUCGAGCCCCGCGCCUUGUCCACCCUCUCCUGUAUGCCCGCCAUCCGAGAACUGCAGUUGACUCCACAGAUCAUCAGCAUACUGGAGAGCAUCGAGCCAGAGGUGGUCUACUCAGGUUACGACAACUCCCAGCCAGACAUGCCACACUUACUGCUCAACAGCCUGAACAGACUGUGCGAACGCCAGCUUCUGUGGAUCGUCAGGUGGUCCAAGUCUUUGCCAGGUUUUCGGAAUCUGCACAUCAGCGACCAGAUGACACUAAUCCAGUACUCCUGGAUGAAUCUGAUGGUGUUUUCUUUGGGGUGGAGAACCUUCCAGAACGUCACAGGCGAUUAUAUGUACUUCGCACCGGACCUCAUCCUCAGCCAAGAGCGGAUGAGGAGGUCGCCAAUCUACGACCUGUGCCUGGCCAUGCAGAUUAUUCCGCAGGAGUUUGCGAGUCUGCAGGUUUCUCGAGAGGAGUUCCUGUGCAUGAAGGCACUCGUGCUGCUCAACACCGUGCCGUUGGAGGGCUUGAAGAGUCAGGGCCAGUUUGACGAGAUGAGACAGAGCUACAUCCGAGAACUCACCAAGGUCAUCCAGAUAAAGGAGAAAGGAGUGGUGGGGAGCUCUCAGAGAUUCUACCAUCUCACCAAGCUCAUGGACUCCAUGCACGAGAUAGUGAAGAAGGUCAACCUCUACUGCCUGAGCACCUUCAUCCAGGCGGACGCCAUGAAGGUGGAGUUUCCCGAGAUGAUGACCGAGGUCAUCGCGUCGCAGCUACCGAAGGUGCUGGCCGGGAUGGUCAGGCCCCUCCUCUUUCAUAACAAGUGAUGUUGUGAUGGUCUGGAGAGAAUUAGGGAAUAUGGUGCAGCAUUCUGAAAACGCUUAAUGUGGGAAAAAUAAAGGUUUAUAUGGUUAAACAGUGACCUCUGAUUAACAUAUUUUACUUGAUGGCCAUGAAGAUUGUCCAAAAUUCAAAGGCAAAGACAAAGCAAGCAUUUUUUUUUUUUGGUUAUUUGUUAUGUUUUAAACAACUUGUUUGUUUAAUGCAGUGUAAGCACACUUCUCUGCACAUUUUAGUGGUUUCCCUGUAUUAACAAGCCACCUGACACUGUGUAGGAGUAGCUUAAUAACUCGCUAAUUUACCUUGGAAGUCAGAUGAUGGAGCUGGGAAUGAUGCCACACUUAAAUUGAUGGCAUUGCAAAACAUUCCAAAAAUGGGUACUUUAAAAUAAGGCUCCUUUAUAAAGGGAUUAUAAAUAAGUAAUAAUAGUGAGCUAAGAGUUUAUUAAUGGUUAUAAAUUAAGUUGUAAACACUUUAAAAACAUUUAUAAGCACUUACAACACAUAAACAGAAAUAACAACAGUGACAGUGACUUUUUAAACAUAUGUAAUAAAAUAAUAUAGUAAAUCAGUUUAAUAUGUUAGUAUAGUUAAAUGAAUACGGUUAUUAACAGAAAUGUUAAUGCUGACUAAUUGAAAAGACAAAGCAAGAUCUUGUAAGAUAUGAGGUAUAAUAGAAUAUGAAUGAUAUUCAUAUGUUUUAACUGCUUAUUAAUGUUUUAUAACCUAAUUAAUAACAUUAACAACUUUAAACAUUAUUUGUACACCCUUUAUAAAGGAACCUUAUUUAAAAGUGGUACCCAAAAAUGUAUUCUAUUUCAAAAACAUAGUUAAAGUAAAGACUUUAGAUUUUCCCAAAACCGGUUUAACAAUCAUUUACCAGUGUUUUAUGGUGAAUCCAGUUAAAAUAUGUCCCACUUUUAAUGUCCAUUGUAACAUUGUCUCACAUUAGCUUUGUCAGCAUUGUCUCAGGUCUGCAUUGUUAAAGGCACAUUAGGCAACUCUUAGUUGGUUUUCUUAUGAGGCUCCCCCUACAGGCUGGGAGUAAUUGCUCACUGUCAUGUUGCUCUGUCAUGUUGGGUUUUCCCACUACUGAUUAUUUUUUUUAGCGCAACAGGUCAGUAAAUGCUACUCUAGUAAUUCUGAUUUAUGUAGCUCAUACAAUGAACUAUUUAGUAAAGCAAAUACGCAUACCUGGACUGAACAAAUCUGCGUUUGUGCGUCCACAACUCAAUCAUCGCUCCUCAGUUUAAACCGUGAUGGCAGGAAUGUGUGGGUGGGAACACAAGGCUCAGCAGACGAAUCACAGCUGCUGCUGUCUGUGUCACAUGAUAAAGUAUAAAAUGGCCUUAAGGCUUUGUCCACAUUUAUGUGAACAUCAACACAGAGAGCAGAAACACUGGGGUACUAAACAUACUAAAACAACAAUCUUGGACUUCAGCCAGUGCCCAGACCUAAUCAGACACUCAAUAAACAAGUUUCCUUCUAUUUAUCCCUGUCCUUUACAGAAAACACCAGUGGCACCUGAACUACCAGCACUAAAUACUGUAUAUCUCACUCUUUUACUAAUUAUAAACACUGUGUACCACCCGAUGGAUUCACCUGGUUAAUAUGCAAACAUAAUUGGUCACACAAAUGCAGAGUAAUGGUGACGUUCACAGGUCACUGUUCUAGUACAUUUUGCCAUGCUUUAAUAGGAUGAGUAUAUCAUGUAAAAAAGUUGACAUUUUAGUGUAUUAAAUGUGUAUGUUUUUUUUAAAUAGCAGUAGACAAUCAUUUAGCAUGAGAGACAGAGGCUGCAUCCCAAUUGCUCAUUACACAUUAUUACUAUACAUUUUACUACAAUAUAAGUUCUCUGUGUGUGAGUAGCUCUUCCUAGGCCUGUUACAUUUUAUAGACCUUUUUUUGGUCUGUAAAUCAUUUUUGCUAACUUUAGUAUUGUUGAUUUGCAUGUUUGCUUAUAUAAAUAUGCUGAGAAACAUCUGACUGGCAUUUUAUUAGCAUUUUUCCACAGUUUUCCAAGUUUUUCUGACUGCUGUUGUGAUGUUUAUCAUGUUUUAUACAGACAUAACUUAUAGUUUUAAUUGUUUUUCCCUGCCUAUCAAUCUUCUCAGACUACAAUACCCAGCAGUCAAUGCAAAUGUAAAUGAUAGUUGAGGUAAAAAAAAUAUGAACAAUUUUUUAUUAUUAUUAUUAUUAUUAUUAUUAUUAUUAAAUAAAGGAUUCAUGCUCUUUGAAAAAGUAAUGAUUAUGCUGUUAUAUUCUCAUUAUAUACUUGGAAGAGUAUACAGUAUUAUCCCCGCAAAUCAAGGGGGCCUAGCUCCUCCCUUCCUGUUUUACAUUGCAUUCUGGGAUAAUAUUGUUUACCAUAGCCCCACUGAAACCAAUAUCCAAACAAUAUUUCUAUUUAAAGUAUAUAUUUAGAUUUUUAAAGUAUACACAAUGUUAUAACUUCAAACUUGUAUCUAUACUACAUAGUAUAUACCAUAAAACGCUUUAGUAUUAGUAGUUAGUAAAGUAUUGGGAUAUACACAGAGUUCAUUUCUACUACUGUGAAUUGGUUUUUAGUGUUUUUAAUUCAUCGUCUCAGUACAUUAAGCCAUAUAUAUAAUAUAUAUAUAUAUAUAUAUAUAUAUUUUUACAGCUUAAUGGAAAUAUCAGUCUUUUGCUUGAUUUGUUUUGGCGUGAAAAAAAAUUCUGUGUUCUAAUUGCUUACUAUACACUAUACACUAAAAGGUAUAUUAGGUAUAUAAGUAAAACUAGUUAGUGUUAGCAAUUAGUACACAAUUGGGACACAUCCAGAGUCUAUUACUGUUACUAAUGUGAAUGUAACUUUGUAAUGUGAAUAUACUGAUUUUUUUCUUGUUCCCUGUUUUAGUACUUUAGACUAGGAUAGGCCUUUUCCACAUUAAGCUUUUCAGAAUGAGAACCAUACAACUUAUAAGCACGGUGUGACAGGGUGAUAGAUGAUUAAUUUUUUUUUUUUUCUCUGUUUGAACUUGGCUUAAAUGCUGCAGUGAAUUUUUACAGUGGUAUAAGAUGAAUUAUUGCAUUAUUGCUAUAUUGUUAUAUUGCUUAUGCUUUUAUUUCAUCAUUUUUAUUCGAAUGAUUAAAUGUUGUGUGGUAAAUUUGGGAUCAGUUUCGGGAGAUGUUCGCGCGAGUGUCGUUGUGGGUGAGAAAGCACAUGUUGCACAUGCUGGAGUGGCGUGUACGGCGUUCUGCAUUGUGUCCAGCAGAUCUACGAUCUCUCCACAGUGAUGGACUGCAGGAACAUCAUGUAGAUGACCCUCAUCCUCGCUCUGUUACUGCUAAUUUCAGGAUGUGGGCUGGUUUCCAGUUACAUUACUCAGCGUUUCUUUAUAACAGCAGCAGGAGCUUCGCGCAUAUGUUCCUGAGUACGGACCACAGAGAAAUACAGCCUGGAUACAGGUCCUGAUGUGGACGAUAAGUAGCCCUGAGGGAGGGACUGCGGUUUUAUGCUAUUCUGUAACAUUCCAGUGCAUCUCCUCCUCUGAAUGUACAACAAUAUUACUAUUAUAUAACUUGGUUGUACUUUAAUUGAACUGUAAUCAAUGUACUUCAAAUGUGUCAAAUAUUUCAGUAAUAAAAUGCAUUGAUUGUGUACAGUGA